CCACAGCUCCCCAGGAGCCCCCUGCCCGGCCUCCCCAGGCGGGCAGUGGCGUCGGCCGGGCCCCUGGGCGCGCCAUGCGCAGCACCACCCUCCUGGCGUUGCUGGCCUUGGUCCUGCUCUACUUGGUGUCCGGUGCCCUGGUGUUCCAGGCCCUGGAGCAGCCCCACGAGCAGCAGGCGCAGAGGGAGCUGGGGGAGGUCCGAGAGAAGUUCCUGAGGGCCCAUCCAUGUGUGAGCGACCAGGACCUGGGGCGCUUCAUCAAGGACGUGGCUGAUGCCCUGGGAGGGGGUGCGGACCCUGACACCAACUCAACCAGUAACAGCAACCACUCAGCCUGGGACCUGGGCAGCGCCUUCUUUUUCUCAGGCACCAUCAUCACCACCAUCGGCUACGGCAACGCGGCCCUGCGCACCGAUGCCGGGCGCCUCUUCUGCAUCUUUUACGCGCUGGUGGGGAUCCCGCUGUUCGGGAUCCUGCUGGCCGGGGUCGGGGACCGGCUGGGCUCCUCUCUGCGCCGCGGCAUCGGUCACAUCGAAGCCAUCUUCCUGAAGUGGCACGUGCCACCAGAGCUGGUGCGAAUACUGUCGGCGGUGCUCUUCCUCUUGAUUGGCUGCCUGCUCUUUGUCCUCACGCCCACGUUCGUCUUCUGCUACGUGGAGGGCUGGAGCAAGCUGGAGGCCAUCUACUUCGUCGUCGUGACGCUCACCACGGUGGGCUUCGGGGACUAUGUGGCCGGCGCCAGCCCCAACCAGAACUCUGCAGCCUACCAGCCGCUGGUGUGGUUCUGGAUCCUGCUCGGCCUGGCCUACUUCGCUUCAGUACUCACCACCAUCGGGAACUGGCUUCGAGUAGUGUCCCGGCGCACUCGGGCUGAGAUGGGCGGCCUCACGGCGCAGGCCGCUAGCUGGACGGGCACCGUGACGGCGCGGGUGACCCAGAGAGUCGGGCCCACGGCACCACCGCCACUGGAGAAGGAGCGGCCACUCCUGCCUCCACCGCCGUGCCCAGCGCAGCCCGCCGGCGGGCCCCUGUCCCCUGCGCUCCCCGCGAAGGCCGAGCCGCCGUCCCCGCCCACCCCGCCCACGGCCUCCGCGCUGGAUUACCCCAGCGAGAACCUGGCCUUCAUCGACGAGUCCUCUGACACCCAGAGCGAGCGUGGCUGCGCGCUGCCCCGCGCGCCACGGGGUCGCCGUCGCCCCCCUAACCCUCCCCGGAAGCCGGUGCGGCCGCGGGGCCCAGGGCGUCCCCGGGAAAAAGGCGUGCCGGUGUAGGGGCAGGACCCCCGCCUGGGCCUCUCAAAGGGCUUCGUUCUCGCUCUCCCCGGCAUGCUCUGCUUGUUUGACCAAAGAGGCCUCUUUCGACCGGACUGAGGUCUGGGGAGGAAGCUACGGGUUGCCUGUCUGCCACCCUCCCCCCACCCCCGCCCCGC